AUGCUGGCCAAGGCGAUUCCGGAGUCGCCAAACCAUGUAUCGGAUAAGGGCUAUGAGCUCCUUUGCAGCUACAGCUUCAAGUCGUACACCAAUACCCCUACGAUCUACGUUCCUGGUACUCCGCCGAUGUUUAUAAAGCCGCCCGCCCCGUUAAAACUGGAGCCGGACACAGGACGCUAUUACAUCGAUCAACAUGUAGCCAAGGUACCGCUAUCUCAAUUCGAGCCACUCUUCCAGGCUCUUACUGUUAUGAAGCCAAGCAAACGUUUCCACGACGUUGACGUCAUUGUCGCUCGCGGAUCAAUGACUACGCUCAUUACGUACGUCAAGGACGUAUCAUACCAGCCGUUCGCACUGACCCUACACGUCGUUGGUAACACUCUGAUUGUCGGCCGACGGCUUCGAUCUGGUAUGGCUGGCUCUACCAAUGGAUCGUACGGGCGAAACUUGGAGGCUGCCUGGACGACGCAACUGGAAUCAGAUCUUCAAGAUGCGGAAGGACAUCAUCACGCACUACAAUACGACUUCGGCGGGCUCAAGAUCGUAGUCAGGGCAGAGACGGACGCAUAUAUGCCUCAUAGUCAGCCUUCCCGAGAUGAGAUUCGAGAGUCGUUAGCAGAUGCUGCAUCACGUCGCGAGCCCGAAUUCGCAAACACUACCAUCCGACACAACAGCUCAGACUUGACUAUUGUACUCCUGGCAGGAACGUCCGUCCCUCACAGCCGGACAAUGGAACUAAAGAGCAACAACAAGAGCAAGCCCCUCGAUCAAGUCUGGGUCGGUAGAACUUCGCGGUGGUCUCUUGGAUUAAACAAGGAUGGUGUAUUUUCUUCGACUGAGAAGAUUUUCACUCCAGAGGAGAUGAGGAAGAACUACGAGGAUGACGGCAAGCGACAAGCAGCUCUUCGUAAGCUUGUAUGGUUAUUGGAGGAGUUGAAGACGACGGUCAAGAAGAACACAAGCAACGGGUCUGCUGUGCUCCUCUGCCUGGGAAAGGGCGAAGAGCUGGUAGUACGUCCAAUGAAGAAGCACUUGCCUGCGCUUCCUGAUGCGAUUGUGCAGCGUUUCUGGAGCUUGCCUGAUCAGGACGAGAUGCAGGAGUAG